AUGACCAAAGACGCAUCAGGGACUUGGAAAGUCGUGGUUGCAACGGCAGCCUUGGCAGUGGCUUCUACAAAACUGGCAGAAGUUGGAUGGAAGAAAUAUCAAUUACAAAACGAUAAAAAGACUAACACCGAUAAGAAAGUGAUCACAGGUAAAGCUGCUUACGAUGAUGGUUUAUUCCGUGAACAACUUGCAAGAAACUAUGCCUUCUUGGGUGAAGAAGGGAUGGAGAAUGUGAAAAACCAAUAUGUCGUUGUGGUUGGUGCCGGUGGUGUCGGUUCUUGGGUCGUCACCAUGUUGUUACGUUCAGGUGUUCGCAAGAUUAGAAUAAUCGAUUUUGAUCAAGUAUCCCUAAGUUCGUUGAACAGACAUAGUUGUGCAACUUUGAAGGACGUCGGUACACCAAAAGUGACUUGUUUAAAGAAUCAUAUGUUGGAAGUCGCACCAUGGUGUGAAAUCGAUGCCAUCAAUGAAUUAUGGGAAUUGAAGGACGCCGAAAGAUUACUAUUUGGUAAUGGUAGACCUGAUAUGGUUGUUGAUUGUAUCGAUAACAUUGAUACCAAAGUGGAUCUACUGGCUUUCUUGCACGAAAAUAAUAUCGAUAUGAUUUCCUCAAUGGGUGCAUCUACCAAGAGUGAUCCUACUCGAAUCAAUGUUGGUGACAUUAGUGUUACCGAGGAAGAUCCCUUAGCAAGAGUCGUUAGAAGAAAAUUAAAGCGAAAGGGGGUUGUCACUGGUGUUCCAGUUGUAUUCAGUGCAGAAAAGCCGGAUCCACGUAAAGCUAAAUUAUUACCAUUGCCAGAUGAAGAAUACGAAAAAGGUAAAGUUGGAGAAUUAAGUGCUCUAAGAGAUUUCCGUGUUAGAAUCUUGCCUGUGUUAGGAACUAUGCCUGCAAUCUUUGGUUUAACUAUUGUCACUUAUAUCUUGACUAAAGUCUCGGGUUAUCCAAUGAAUCCUAUCGAGGGUAAGAAUAGAAUCAAGGUAUACGACGGUAUUUUACAAUCGUUGGCUGCUCAAAUGUCUCGUCUUGGUAAGAAAGAUCAACGUAUUCCAAUUGCUUUGUCUGAUAUAGGUUAUAUUGUAGUGGAGGUCUUCAGAGGGAAAUCCCCGGUGAGUGGCUACUCUACAAAACUAGCAUUGACGAAAUGGGAUCCAAAGAAACCGUUGAAUCUACAAAAUGUGGUACUUGUCACUCUAGAAGAACAGAAGGAACAUGAAAAACGUGUGUUGAAUGGUGGAGAAAGAUUGGAGGACGUUUAUUCUCCUGAAGUGCUGGCUCUGGUUAACAAGAGAUUCGGUGAAGAGGAAUACUACUCUCAAUUUAGAUAA